AUGCCGCAAAUCGCAGGCGCGCGCGCCAUCGUGCGGGCCACUCGAGGCGGUGAGGGUGUCAAGCUCCUGAACGAGGCGCGCGGCGUCACCGCCGGCGGCGCCGGGGGCCCCGGUGACGUCAGCGACGGCUACUGGCUGCCCACGCUGCUGGCAGCGGAUGGACGCGCGUUCCCCACAGGGCCCAUGGUCGCUUACCUGGCCUAUUCAGCCGUGGUCGUGGGCGCCCUGCUGGCGCUGGAAGGCGCGGGGGCGCUGCAGGAGUUUGACCGCCACGUGGGCACCCUGCAGUCGGCAGUCAACACCAUCGGCGUGGCGUUGUUUUUCCUGAUGGGGUUCCGCACCAACAGCAGCUAUGCGACCUGGCUGGAGGGGCGCAAGCUGGUGUCGGACGUGGAACGCGCCCUGCUGUCCCUCGCUUCCACGCUUGAAGCUGGGACCGUCGCGGACAAGCCCCUGGCGCAGGAAAUGAUGCGGUGGGGGGUCGCCUUCACAUACGCGCUCAAGUGCGCCCAGCGCAACGAGGACGUCCUGGACGACCCGGGGGCCGCGAUCCUGGCGCCCGCGGAGCGCGCGGCGCUGCGCGCCGUACCCGUUGCGCAGCGCCCCAUGCAGUGUACCAACCAGCUGAUGAGGCUUUCGGUGGAGGCGUUUCGCCGGGGCGCGCUGGUGGCGGGCGCGAACGACAUGGAUCGCCUGCGAGGCAUCAUCGACGCGCUGGCGGCGUGCGUGCCGGCGUUCACGCGCAUCAUGGACACUCCAGUGCCAUUUGCCUACGUGGUUCACCUGCGGUCCUUCAUGGUGGUGUGGCUCAUGGCCAUGCCAGCCCUUUACGCCGGCGACUUUGGCUGGUGGACACUGCCGGUCGACUUCUUCAUCGGCUAUGCCCUGCUGGGCAUGGAGGCAAUCAGCCUGGAGGUGGAGGCCCCCUUUGGCCGAGACUUCAAUGACCUGCCGCUGGAUGACCUCACGGCCGCAAUGGCUGCCUCGGCACUGGCUGCCAGCGGGGAGGUGAUGGCUGAGGCGGUGGAGGAUGGGGCAUCGCACGCCAGCGUGCUUUCAGAGGCCCCAACAGGCGGCAACGGCAGGAGCUCAGCUGCUGACAGCCACUAG